AUGACCGAGGGCAACAAGCCCCUCGCAGGCAUCGGCGAUAAGGUGCUGAGCCUCGAGAUUGUUGUCAGUAGCGUCAACGCCGGCAACCCUAUUGGCAAGAGAUCCGCACUCCUCACGACGCAAACCUGCAACGCGCGCCUCACCGCCAUCUGUGACGCCACAGGCCUGGCGGCCUACAUCAAUGGCAACCCGUCGCAGCACGGCUUCGUGUCCCCGCGCACCCGGGCCGAUACCGUCGAGGCGGUCAUCGGGCCGCGUUCCGCGAUGGCGGACUGGAAGCUGCGCAGGCGGUCGUGCGCAACUUGGGGCUGCUCUGACUUCUUUGGUCAACCGGUACAUCGUCGCACCAGAUACUCCAGCUCUUUGUGA